ACAACAGCGACGCGAGGAGAUAACAUACAACCUUCCUGUGCAGAGAGUGCGCUUGUUUACUGCAGGCUGGGAAUUGUAGGCAACAUGGAGAAGUGCAAGAGCAGUUCAAAAUCUCUGAAGAUGCGUGCAACCCAACAACUGCAUAGACCUAAAAUGCAUGCAGCUGGUCACUCUGCUGCUUGUCAGUGUGUUGCUCCACGAUCUGCUGGACAUCGAUUUCAGAACGGGGGUCAUCACAGUCCAUGUCCAGUUGGGUGUAUCUGCAAUCAAGGAAGAAGGUUAAAAGAACUCCAGAUCAGAUACCUAGCAAGGAAAUUCUUCUAUCUGUGGGCAGAAAAGACAUUUGGACAAGUUCUCCCUUCCAAAGCCAGAUGCUACUAUGACCAGAAGAGUCUUCAAAAAGCUUUUGGAGAGUGGAAGGAGGAGUGGUGGACUGUUUGCAGAGAGAAGCAGCUAAUCUUCAGAGCCGAUUGCCAUUAUAGAUAUUUCCUCUACAGCCUGAUAUUCAAGGCUUGGAGAGCCUAUAUAUGCCAGCAACAAGAAAAGAGGAAUAAGAAUUAUGUUGCAGAGUCCGAUGCAAAUCAGCAGAAACUGCUCUGGACGUGGCAACGCUGGCUGGUUUAUGUUGAUGUUCGAAGGACGAAACACAGAAUGCAGUCUGUGGCACUGGCAUUCAGGGAAAGAAGCUGUUUGCGCAUAUCAUGGGCAGUGUGGAGAAGGCGAUGCUGCCAGAACUGUGCUGGACGUAAAAGGAAUGUUUUGGCUCUGCAACAUUGGGCCCAGAGCCUGCAAUUUCGAGCUUGGCUGCAGUGGAGAGAGCUGUAUUUAUACAGUCAGAGUGAGAAGCAGAAGGAGACUAGGGCAGUAACUCACCAUCAGCACUGGAAACUGAAGAGGUGCAUGAAGGCAUGGCUGGGAUACUUAAACCUCCAAAGAGCAAAGAGACAUCGGAAUGAGCUGGCUUGGGAGCAUCACCAAGGCAGGGUAGUUCAGCAGUGUUUCUCAAGCUGGCGGCUGUCAUGGGAGUGCAGGAGAAGAACGCACGCUCACCAAAAGAGCAUUGAAAAACUAGCAGCAAAGAUUGUCUUAUGGAGAGUCUUUGCAUGCUGGAAGCAUUAUGUUGUGCUGUGUGUGGAAGAAGCUUGGCAGCGUGAGCUGGCUGAAAAACACCGCAGGCGGCAUUUGUUGCAAUUUGGGUUUAAGGGUCUUCGGCAGAAUGUCAUGAAUGCUCGUCUUCAGCAAAUGAGAAAAAAUCUGGCAUACCGUCAGCAUCAAGUCACAGUGCUGCAGAACUUCUGGAGUCGUUGGAAGUCCCGUUUGGAAGAGAAGGAGGAGGAACAGCAGCAGGCUUCAACAUCCGUGGCUCAUACCCAUUACAGGGAGGUGUUGAUGAGAAAGAUAUUUGACAUGUGGUGGCUGGGGGCAUGCAAGCAGCAAGAGUACCGAAUGGGAGAGAAGAUGGCUGUACUUCAUUUUGAGAGGCAACUGUUGGUUGGUUUUUGGUGCUUCUGGCGCAGAAGAACAGCUGCGUGCCUGGAGGAACAAGAGGGCUUGGUUCGUGCCAGAGAACACUACAGCUAUGUGCUGCUGUUAAAGGCUUUCUGUCUGUGGAAGCAAAAUACUCAGGAGAGAAAAACAGAGAGGCUCAAGGAGAUGCAAGCCUUACAAUUUCAUGAUUCCAAGUGUCUGCAGCAGUCUUGGAACAAGUGGAGAAAGUAUGUGGGACAUCAGUGUGAGAAAUGGAAGAAGUUGGUGCGAGCAGACAUGCACUAUCAGCACACGUUACUGGGCAAAGCCUUGGCAGCCUGGAAGAGUUACCAGCAUAACGUACAGUGCAUUCUAUACCAAGUAGCUGAAAAGGAGAAACAACACGCUAGACUGCUGCUGCGGCAGCUGCUGCAUACAUGGAGAGAAAACGCCCUUGCUCUUGUACAUGAAGCUAAGGCAGCUGCUCGGGCAGAUGAGCACUACAGGAGAGCAAUCCUGUCAAAGGUAUUGCUACAGUGGAGGGAUGCUGCCUCAAUACAAGUAUAUUACCGUCAGCAGAAGGUGGCAGCUGUGAAGGAGGUCAGAAAGCAUUUGGAUAUAGUGCGUUUACAGACCUUGUUUCUUCACUGGAAAGAAUUAACUGGGGAGUCUCUGAUGCUGAGGGCUAAGCAGGACAGGGCAGUGCAGCACCAUCAACAGCGCCUGCUCCAGAAGUACCUGGUAAAAUGGAAGAAAUACCAUCAGCGAUGUAUUGCGAAGAUGCUCCUACAAAGACAGGGUUAUCAGCUAAUGACUCGGAGACUUUGCUCUAACUGCUUCUCCUGCUGGAAGAGACAGCUGGCGCAGCGGCAAUGGGAGAAGCAGGAGACAGUGCAAGCGUUGUGGCACUGGUCCCUUUCAUUGCAGGGAAAGGUAUUUGGUGCUUGGCUGGGACUUGCCCGGGAGCAACAGCGGAAGAAAGAUCGCAUUGAAAGAGCCAUAGGAGUUCACCGCUCUCCCCUUCUGAAAGAAGGUGUAACCCGGAUCUUGAGAUACACUGCUGGCAUGAAACAGUUGCGGAGGCAGCUCCAAGCCCAGCACCAGCUGAAGGCAGCCUACAACCUUCACCAAUCCGUGUAUCGUUGUGCCAUGCUCUGGAAACAGAAGGCGCUCUACAAGAAAUUAAAUAAGCCUUCUCUUCUGCCGCCUCUGAAGAAGCAAGUAACGUUUAAGGUGCCUGAUGUUAGCCGUGGGACAAGAGGACAUUCAGCAGAGGAAAUGCCAUGGCCCUUAAAAAGCAAUGAUUUACCAUUUCUCCUUGUUGCUGGGGACUCGAUUCUCAGUGAGCUAAAUGCUAUUCGACAAGCAAGGUUACCGCCACGAAGACCUGACUUCCUUCUGGAAUCUCUAGAAAGCAAGGAACUGCUAGGAACUCCUUUUACUAGAUCAGAGACAUCCUUUCAGCAAACGGUUGUGAACAAUUGUUCUGCUCAGGCUGGGCACUUAAUGCUAUCAACUCAAAUGGAAGAAAGCACCUGUAAUCAGCUGUCUCAAGUGGACAGUACCACUCACGCCUACCCAUCUCUCCUACACACUGCUCUCCCCUCUGUACCAUUGUGGACACGUGACAUGCACCAUGCUGUUCAAAUCCAUCCGAGGCCAGAGCUGUGGCCCCCUUCGUCAUUCAUACCCCAAAUGAAAGCUGAAGCUGAAAAGAGAGGAGGUCAGCCUGCGAAUGGUCGCACAGAAGCACAUUCCCAAGAUUCUCAACAGGCCCCUGUGAGGAAGAAACUGCGACCAAACUUGAAGCCACAUCUGCUGUCACCUGAAGAUUUUGAGGGAAAAGAGAGUCAUCAAACCGCAACAGAAGGGGAAGAAAGGGAGCGCAGUUCCAGAGAAGAAAGGGUGUUACAAAGUCAGCUGGAAGAAGAGCUCCAACAUAUCCAACAGCAAAUGGAGUACUACUUCAGCAGGAAGCAGGAACUCAAGUCCUGUCAGCAGCAGGCAGAGAUUCUGCAGAAGUGGCUAGAAACAAGCACCCAACCAGAGGACCAAGAUGGUCUACAAGAAGAAUUGGAUCAGGUGAAGAUGAGGAUCAACACUCUCACCAAAGCACAACUAAAAGAGAGACAGCAUGUACAAAACUUGGUUGCCCGUCUCCACGACAUUCACGUUGCUCUGGAUACAUAAUUCGGUUGAAUCAAUCUUCCAGCUCACGGUUCUUCGCGCUGCUGGCUUUCCUCACCUCUCCCCAUAAAACAGAAGGGCUCAAACUGCUCCUGCCUACGCUGCCUUGAAUUCAGUGAGUUACACCGCAUAGGAAGUAGCCCUGAUGUCUGCAGAAAAUUACACUGCCCUUCACCCUCACUUCUGCCAUUCUGAUGAGAACAGAUGAGAGAUAGAAUGGAGCGAUGGAGCUUAUUAUAACUUUAUACUGAAGUCAGAGACUCCAUUCCCUUGCAGGCUGAAGCUUCACAUGGAAGUUACUGGAAACUGCCCAUGUGAGGCUUACACAAGAAAAAGACACAUUCACAUAUUCUAGUAGAACUCUCAUCAGAAGGGUUUAACAUUACCAAUAUAUUCAUUUUUGUAAACAAUCAAAGGAAAAUUGACCAAAAAAAAAAAAAACUUCUCCAUGUUUGAUAAGGUACUUCUCAAAUGGCCAUCUAGUACUGAAGGUAUUUUUCUACACCUCACAAUUGUACUGCUCCAAGGAUACUGGAACAAUUAAAGAAACAUACCCAUGUGGAUGCUGCUACAUUGGUGUAAACUUAUGGCAGUAUUGCUCCUUCUCUUGCAAGGAUGGGAGUUGCUAAUAGAGACUUUUACCUUUGGACUUAUGCCAAAGCAUAAGUUUUAGUAGCAAGAAAAACAAAUGGAACAAUGUUAAGAGGUAUGCUAGUCAUAUAACUGGGCAGAGGACAGGUCUUCCUGCUGGGUAAUUCCAGGAAAUAACUCUUCUGAGGUUUAUGGUACUUAGUAUCAGCAUGAUGACUUGUAUGAGCAUGAUGCAACUAGGGGGGAGGAGGGGGGCACGACACUGAACCCUCUGAAACCAGUUUUGCAAAAGAAAUAGUAAUCUGCUAAAUCUGGUACAGUCUUUUUGAACCGUACAACUGGCUAGAUUUAACUUCCAAGUUAAAAAAAAAAAAUUUUUUUCCUUAGCAAAAGUCAUCAUUUAUUCCCAAUGUUAGUCAAUCAUAUCCUUCACUAUUAAGCCUUGCAGAAUACAGCAAUAAAUGCACACAGAAGCACACAGCAGCUGAGAGCUUGUCCGUCCUAUCAAAUACACUUAUUCCACUCACAAAUUACUCUCCUGCAUCACAGCAAAAUACAGUGAUAUUUAAGAAAGAAGCCACCAGUUGAAUCUUACUUUGAAUAAAAACUUUUAAAUCAGUGGUACCUCAGGUUACAUACACUGAAGCACUAAAGAAAAAUGUAUUGCCAUUUUAUUUGACAUGCCUUAUACAGUGUCAGUUUCUAAAAUCAAUUUUGCUCAGUUUUCUACAAACAGUGAAAGUGCACAGAUACAACUGUAAAGUCACAAAAAUCGUCCGAGUGGCACCUACCUACCUAGUGGUGCUACCAGCAGCACCUACUCUUCAAAAAAAGACUGCUUUUCAAAUUGAUGGGAUCAAAGAAUAGCUGUUAAAAGGAAAUCAUCUCAAGAAGUGCAGUUUUGUUACAGUUUUCAGUCAAAAUAUUUGCGUGGAUGUUGCAUUUGUAGUUGCACAAUGCGUUUAAAGAAUAUUUAUGUGGAAGGCUUCCUACCCACAGCUUCAGAACAGAGAUUCGCAUUAGCAUGUCGUUUGGACAGUCUGGAUUACAGAUGCUCAAAAAACGAGAAACAAACCCUUCUUAUGCAAAAAUGACAGCAAACAAGACCAUUUGAAUUUGGCCAGGAAAGGGAACUGGAGAAACAGUUUGGUCUGCCUUAUCCUAGGCCUGAUACCUGAGGACAGGUGACUGAAUCAAUUCAAAAGUUUCUACUGAUUUUCCUGGGCGUACCCACGACCGCUAGAGGACAUGAAGAAAUUCUCUGCUACUGAACAGCCAUCUGUCUGUGAAGCAAUUAGUCACCACAGUUACAAAGAGUAAAACCUCAAGAGAAACAUGAAUUGCAUCUCUCUCUUUUCAUACUAGCGAUCACCACCCUGUUCCACAUUAAGUAUCCCUCCACCCAGCUGCUGCCAGCUCCCUUCAGUAUCAAACAGCUAACAUACAUAGCACAGCAGAGACCU